ACAUCAUAUCACCCCACCAACAUGAUCAUUUAAAAACAACAAGUUUAAAAUUUCGAAAACACACAAAAUUCCAAAAACCAGGUCCCGGCCAAAGACAAAAUCAAAACAAAUGGUGGAACAGCGUGGCAACCCCGCCGUUUGUUAUUCAUUUGACAUUGAAGGUGCUCGAAUUCCAGAAAAGGACGUUGGAAAACCCGCUGUGCGGCUCAAUACCUUUUCAUCUUUCAACCACGGCGAAGUUCUGGGUCAGUGCUCUGGAUAUUUACCGGAGCCAGAUAAAAGUCUACCUGCAUUAUCGCGGCGAACGAAAGUUUCGAUCAACGGCGAGAUUAUUAUUUAAGUGAAGUGUCGCGAUUUUGUAUUCGCAGUUCAACCCGCGCGGUUCUUACGAGUGUUAACGUGACCAACACCUCCUUCUCCCCCACAUUCUCAAUCCCAUAAGGAAUAUGGCCGGCCCUUUGCCCCCGCUCGCCCAGGAACCAGCUUUCCAAAAGCUCCAGGAGUACUUUGAUGCUCAGGGCAAGGACCUGAAAAUCAAGGACCUGUUUCAGAAUGAUGCCAAGCGGUUUUCCAAAUACAGCCUGCGCUUGCAAACUCAAAACGAUGGCGAGAUACUGCUGGACUACUCGAAGAAUCGUGUCAACGACGAGGUCUGGGACCUGCUCAUCCAGCUGGCGAAGGCCCGUCGCGUGGACGCCGCUAGGGACGCCAUGUUCGCCGGCCAGCACAUCAACAUCACCGAGAAUCGUGCUGUCCUGCACACAGCGCUGCGCAACCGCAGCAAUGAUCCGGUCCUGGUCGACGACAAGGACGUUAUGCCCGACGUCCGUGCCGAGCUGGCCCACAUGAAGGAGUUCACAAACAAGGUCAUCUCCGGUGUCUGGCGGGGCUGCACCGGCAAGCAGAUCACCGAUGUGGUCAACAUCGGCAUCGGUGGCUCCGAUUUGGGACCCCUGAUGGUCACCGAGGCCCUUAAGCCCUACGGCAAGGGUCUGCACUCGCACUUCGUAUCGAAUAUCGAUGGCACCCACUUGGCGGAGGUCCUCAAGAAGGUGUCGUACGAGACCACCCUCUUCAUUGUCGCCUCGAAGACCUUCACCACCCAGGAGACGAUUACCAAUGCUACCUCUGCCAAGACUUGGCUGCUGGAACAGGCCAAGGAUCCUGAGUCUGUUGCCAAGCAUUUCGUUGCCCUCUCGACCAACAAGGAGAAGGUGACCGCUUUCGGCAUCGACAGUGCCAACAUGUUCGGCUUCUGGGACUGGGUGGGAGGACGCUACUCCCUCUGGUCGGCCAUCGGUCUCUCCAUCUGUCUGUCCAUUGGAUUCGAGAACUUUGAGCAGCUGUUGGACGGCGCCCACUACAUGGACAACCACUUCAAGACGGUGCCCUUCGAGAAGAACGCUCCCGUCAUUUUGGCCGUCCUGGGAGUGUGGUACUCGAACUUCUUCAAGGCGGAAACCCACGCCCUGCUGCCCUACGACCAGUACUUGCACCGUUUCGCCGCCUAUUUCCAGCAAGGUGACAUGGAGAGCAACGGAAAGUUCGUCAGCAAGGCCGGAAAACCUGUCAAGUAUAGCACCGGCCCCAUCGUGUGGGGUGAGCCGGGCACCAACGGCCAGCACGCCUUCUACCAGCUCAUCCACCAGGGCACCCGCCUCAUCCCCUGCGACUUCAUUGCCCCCGCCCAGACGCACAAUCCCAUUGCCGGCGGCAAGCAUCACAAGAUCCUGCUCUCCAACUUCCUGGCCCAAACGGAAGCCCUCAUGAUGGGCAAGACCACCGACGAGGCCCGGGCCGAGCUCUCCAAGGCCGGCUUGUGCGGCAACGAACUGGAAAACUUGCUGCCCCACAAAGUAUUUGUUGGCAACCGUCCGACGAACUCGAUUGUUGUGAAGAAGGUCUCGCCGUUCACAUUGGGCGCCUUGAUUGCACUUUAUGAGCACAAGAUCUUCGUGCAGGGCAUCAUCUGGGACAUCAACUCGUUCGAUCAGUGGGGCGUUGAGCUGGGAAAGCAGCUGGCCAAGGCCAUCGAGCCGGAGCUGGAUCACUGCAACGAGGUCUCCUCGCACGAUAGCUCCACGAACGGCCUGAUCAACUUCAUCAAAGCCAAUUGGAAGUAAAUUCAUUCGGCUCUCUGUCUUGCGAAAUUAAAUGAAAAGUUUGAAUAAAUGCUCUAAUUGUUAGUUGUUAUUGAGGA